AUGUUGCUCACACUUUCUAACCCAGUCAAGCCCGACUUCGAUUACAAACCUCAUGCCUACUCUCCGCCAUUCUUACCCUCCAAGGUCCCUCGUUUUUCUCCAAAGCUUGAUCGUGGGUUCCCGCCCUCUCAGGCAAAUCAUUCCUCCUUCGCCAUGAGUACACCUCAUCGAGGCCUGCCUCCACCUUCAGCGAUGACGCUGCCUGACCCAGGUCGAGGACAGUCGUCGAUGCCUACUCCUCUGGGUGCAUUACCUCCGGCUCCGUCUCAGUGGCAAGGUGCAGAGGAUAGCAUGAAGAAUUGGUUAGCGGCAAAGACUGAAGAAGAAAGACGGAAGCAAGAAGAAGAGAGGACGCGGCAGGAAAGCCUGAAGCUUGAGCAGCGCAAAAUCGAGCAAUCAAUGCUUCGAGAGUCAAUCCAGGGAGGUGUGCCGCCUCACUUAGUACCGAUCAUUUUUGCGGGUAUCGGUGGAGGAAACCUUGCCAACAUCAGCGCCGAAUGGAUCCAGCAGUACACAGCAACAGUCCAAGCCGCACAUCAGCAGGUGCAGAUUCAAGCACAAUCACAGACGUCACCGGAUAUGCGACGAGACUCGAGGAUGAUCGGCCAGCCGCCGUACGCUGGACAAUCUUCGCAAUCUGUUCUACCACCAACUUCAGUAUUACCUGGGCAACCUUUGCCGUCGCAACCUCAACAGGCUCCGGCACCUUAUGGAGGGAUGAUGUCUCCACGCGCAAGAGCUUCUACAGUCAUUGGUGCGCCCACCUCUGCGCCACGACCUAACACUCAGUCGCAACUUCCUCGCCUCAGUACGAACGAAAUGCAAAUACAGCAUCCACCAAGCGCGAGUUCGGGCUCACAGCAAGGACAAUCUGGGCAACAAGAGCAAUCCUCGCCAUCCAUUUACUUCCACCAUUGGGUGCCCCCAUCAUCCGCCAGUCAGGAGAAGAGCUCAAGUGGCAAUCCGCCGGGGACGCCAUCAGGUAAAUACAAAGCCUCGCCCACAAAUCUCCCUCGUCAACGUGCGACGUCUCAUGCGUCUGACCUAGAACACACCAGCUCCCCCAAAAAGCGGAAGGCCCAAGGCCCACACCCGCCUCCUCCUCCGCCAACAUCAGCGCCGCAAUCACACACGUCUCCCUCUUUCUCGUACGUAUCGUCAUCAUCGACAUCAACACCGAGACGAGGGCACGCCCGAGGCCGUUCUGAUGCAUCUGCACGAGGACAUGAGGCCUCCAGCGCUCCUGUAAGCCGUCGUGGAACCGUCUCUGGGCUGGCACAAGAGGCGAUGCUGCGACAAGGCGAUUUCUCGGAAGACUCUCGACAUCCUGAAGCAAGAUCGCAUUUACAUUUGGAUCAAUCGCACACAAGCGCACAUCCGCACGGCGAUGGGCGAGGACCAGGCCAACAAUUGCACCCACCCAUUUCUAAACCUGAAACCCCGAAUUAUGGAUCGCAUCAGCAUUGGGAUCGGGCGCACAUGUCAUCCCCAAAACGGGAAACCGGGGAUCAUUAG